CAGCCCAAGGACUACCUCGCUUCCAUGCUGGAGCGCGUGAACCAAGAGCGCGCAACGAAGAACCUCCCGCCUCUGCGUAUGCACAGCAAGUUACAAGCGGCAGCCCAGCGCCAGGCGGACGACAUGGCUGCGAACAAUUUCAUGGGCCACCAAGGCUCCGAUGGGUCCAGGAUGGCCCAACGCGCUGCUGAAGCUGGAUUCACGGGUGGUGCUGUCGCUGAGAACGUGGCUGCGGGGCAGAAGAACGUGAACGCUGUCGUAGAUUCCUGGAUGAAGUCUCCAGGCCACCGCCGCAACAUUCUGGGCAACUACACGGUGUUCGGCGCAGCGUACGCGUACAACCGCGCCAGCAAGUACAAGCACUCGUGGACGCAAGUUUUCGGGCGCGGGGGCAACGACGAC